GUCUAAUUGACAAUCAUACUCCUGACUAUCACACUCAUGUAAGCUGUACAUAUAAGAUUGAAUAAAAAAUGCAAUGUAAAUUGUCUGUACUUUUUUUUCAUUAUGCAUGACAUGUCAUUUAAAUUACAGAAAUAUUAGAUAAUCUUAAUCAAGUUAUCCAAUUCUGAACACAUUUGCAGUUGGUCAGUCUCAAAUCAAUGUAAUUGUUACGUCAGUUGGUAAGAGAAUAACUAAUAGGAACUUAAGACUAUUGUACUGCAAUAAACCUUUGGAAUAUGAUUAAUAUGAAAUAUGUCACCAUUAUAUUUGCAUUUGUGGUUUUUACAAUGUGGAUAUUCUUCCAUCAUGUCGUGAUUGUAAGUCUAUCAACUCAAACAACUUACGAGAGGCAGUUUAACGGAAAUUAUACAUCAGCCGAAAAAUGGGAUUAUGCAGCUCAGAAAAUGCUAGAAACUUACAUAAAGAAACAGGAUGCUAAGAAACCUCGUUAUAAGGAAUAUCGCACAUACACCAACUUCUCAAAAUAUUUCAAGUUAAACACUGAAAAACAGGAUGAUAUGCAACAAAUGGAUAGUGAAUUUUUAGACACUGAAUUUUUAGACCAGGAGAAUCCAUUAGACCAGGAGAAUCCAGAUGAGUUCAUCAUUGAAACAAAAACACUUGUAAAGCCUAAAAAUCAGACAUACAUGUAUAAGACACCAUUAUAUGAUGUCACACAGCAGUAUCUCCCUCAAAUGAAAGAUGGCACUUUUGUGCCACUGGUAUCAGUCAUGAUCGCGGGUAUCAAGAAAGGUGGUACAGCAACUAUAACAUCCCACUUGCAUCGAGGGGCUAGAAAGACAUUCUGCGUCAUCCAAAAUGGAUAUUUUGUCGAGUCGACAUCUUAUAUAGACUUCAUAAAACACAUCCAGAAUACAUGCCGAAGAGGGAACCUUCCACAGAGGAUAGUAGUACACAGAGAAAAUGCAUGCUUCUCAAAAAGAAAAUGCAUUGAAAAUGUCCAUAAAUAUAACCCUGCAAUGAAGUUACUGUUCAUGGUGAGAGACCCUGUGCAGAGGCUGAUCAGUGAGUAUACACAACUCUACAACCGCACGACAAGAGUCGGAACAGAUUUCCUGGAGUUUCAUGACUGGUAUAUGAGCAACAAGAGUCGUUUCGCUAUUAAUUUAAGUUAUUAUAUCAACCAUUUCAAAAUAUGGUUAGAAUUUUUUCCUCGUAACCAAAUACACUUGGUGGACUCUGCUGAAUUUGUGAGGUCGCCAUGGACUGCUUUUGAGAAAAUAGAAUCAUUUCUAAAUCUUCCACAUAAUUUUACUGAGGACAGAUUUAUCCCAGCCCCGCGAAAAGAUUUCUAUUGCCUAAAAACCAAUGCAAAUGUGAGGUGUAUGGGGACCACAAAAGGACGUAAACACGAGGAAGUCAGUCUACCAAUGCUAAGGCAACUAUAUGAACAUUAUAAACCAUACAAUGAAGAGUUCUUUGAACUUGUCAAUCAGACAUUUGACUGGCAUAUAUGCAGGGAUUGUUAUCAGGGAUAUGUGUAUGACACAAUUUAAUUCUUUAUUCUUUUUUUAAAUGUUCUGACUAGGAACAAUCCCUAUCAAACCUUAUAUUAAGGUUAACAUAUAGUUAUCUUAUAGGUGAAUCAACAAUCAUGAGUAUUUCUUAAACCCUUAUUGUAUUAAGGUAAUGUUGUAUUAUGGCCCAGAAGGGUAACAAUAAUUAUCCAAGACAUGACAUUAAUUUACCUUUUAGGGUAGGAAGGCAACAGAUUUUCAACAGGGAUCGUAUGAAUUUUCUGAUUUUCAAUAGGGUGGCAUUUAAUUUUCUGUUUCAACAUGGUGGAGGCCACCCAGUUGUUUUGUUCACCGAAAGCUCUAUACCCAUCCAUUAAAUUUAAUGAGCCAAAAAGUAUGUACUUCUAUUCCCUAUUCACAUAUACUAUUCUGUAUUGAUUGAUUUCAAUCUCAUCUGUUGUGUGUUUCUGAAUUAAUUGGAUUUUAUUGCAAUUCAUCCUUUGAUUUUAUGAACUAUUGAUCUCAUUUGAAACAAAAGAUUUAAUUUACCAUCUCAUAAUAGCCCAAUUUUUUCAUGUCCUCUGUUCCACAGUUAAGAUUAUUUGGUGCACAAAAAUAAAUUAUUGAAACACUUUCAAUACUUUUUGCAAAUUAUUUAUAAUGCGUAAUAUGCAAUUGAACACAAAUGAAACCACUCUGUAGUUGUUCAUGACCAUCAUCUAGCUGACCAUAUAGCUGAGCGUGAUUGGGAUUUGUACCCUUUCCAUUCGUUUAACUUCGCUUUUUAAUAGAGAGCUUCGUUUUCAUUCUUUCAAUAUACAAUAAAGCUCUGAACUCACAGGGCCAUUCAGAGUUCGUCGUCGAAAUAC